CAUGUGACCAUGUUGUCAUCGGCAACGUCACCAUUACUCCAUUACCUUAUACAGUGAUUAAUAUUUUUUGAAAAUUGUACAUAAAAAUAACUCACAAAAAAACAAAUUUAAUAAUUAUAUUAAUAUUACUGAGCUAAUGUAGAGGAAGGAAACUGUAAUAUCCCACUUUUUUAUUUAGUAACUUUUAACUCCAUUAGGUUUUGGGUCCUCUGUCGGUGCAUGUUGAAACUGUUUUCAUUUGAAAAAACACUUUAAAUCCAAAUGUUCGUUGAAAGUUAGAAACAAGAUAAGAAACAAGUACAAAUGUUCAAAUUAUAAACAAAGCAUCAUUAGUAUCAAACAAGUGUGUUUAGCGUUGUGGGGAUCAGUUUUUAAAUAAAAUUCCUCUAUAGCAUAAAACAACUUAAAAUGGAGAAUUGUUUUUAUAGCAGUGAUGAUGAACUGGCUUGGGGUCCUCUGACCCUCGCAGAAAUAAAAAAGGAAUUUCAAAAUGAACCGAAAAGAUUAAUUAAACGUAGAGAAACCGAUUUUGGACAUUCAACGUCGUUUUUUACCCCUUCAACAACGUUCUGUGAUGAUAAAAGCCAACAUAGUGAUAAAAUGAAUAGCUCUUCAGGAACAUCAGCUUAUUUUACUCCAAAUGAAAGUUUACAACAGCCACAAAAAUCAGCUUUAAGUAGAAAUGAUUUGUUUUUAAAAAAUUUGAGUGAAGCCAUAGAAAGUGAUCACGAUACCAAAAGUGACGUGUGUUCUCUCAACAUAAAAAGAGACACUCUUAUAAAUAUCUUAGAGGGACAGAAAGGGCGAGAAUCUGACUUUCUUGAAGGGGUUCAGCAGACUCUUGUUGAGAAUACUUUGCAAGAGUUGGAAGAUACCAUCGGAGGACAAUCUGAAGAAACAUGUGAAGACAGUGAAGAUAAUAUUAUCGUUAUUAGUGAUGAUAGUAGCAGUGAAACGGAUGAAGAAGUACCACUAAUCACAGAUGUCAAAAUGGAACAUGCAUACAAUGAUUUAUAUGAAAAUGAUUUAUUAGAAGUUAUAGAAGAAAACUCGGAAAAAAGUACCAGUAUUGAUUAUAAUCAAGAGCAGCUAAAUGUUUCAGAGAUCAGUCAUGUGAGUUCAGAAGCUGGUAGAAGUGAUGAUGUAAAUGAUCAAGAGAAUGAAGCAGUAGAAGACAACAUUGAAAAGAUUGACAACAUGAAUCUCAAUGAUAGACCUCUUAACAUUUCUGCUGUAAGUCACUGUAGUAUCGAAUCUGAAAAAAAUGAGACUGGUUCUUCAAAUUUUGCAUUACUUGAUCGACCUACAAUAUCAGUAACUUCUGAUGAAAGUGAAGAAAGUGAACAAUGUGACUCAGAUACAUUCAACGAUACUAUUGAAGAAAUGAAAAUGGCGCUAAGAAAAGGCUUAGAUUACACAAUGCCUGGAGACAAUUCCCCCAAAAGUUUCUGUGAAAGUAAACCUAAACCAAACGGAAUCCCUAAAUUAAAAAAAAUAGUAAAGACACCAAACAAAUUUGAUUAUGUGCAGAGUCCCAUUGGAGAUUAUAUUAGGAAAAAGUCACCAAAUUCGGAGAAUUUUAAAUUACCAUUAAAACCUGCGAAAAGUAGAUUUCAUACACCUAAUGCAAAAUCAAACCUUGUUCCAACCAAACAGUUCAAAAAUAUCAUCAGUCCAGUUGGCGUAUACAUUAAGAAUAGUCCAUGUGUAGUUUUGAAACACAACGCUUCAGUGAAAACCGUGUCUGCAUUAAAAUCAACUCCUGAAACUGAUGUGAUUCCAAAUAAUGAUGAUGGUAUUAUUUUCCCAGAAGUUGUGUACAAACCAAGAAAAAAAGUAGUGAAGUCUGUUCAAAAAGAGGUAAUACUACCAUCCAGUUUACAAAAAAUGGUCCAAGAGCCUAUUAUUACCCAACAUGAAUGUAGAACUCAAGGAAAAACUAGAUCAGAAAUAGUUCAAAAAUUGGAGGACGGAAACUUAACCGUUGAUUCUAGUAUAUUAAAUCCGUCAGAUGUGUCGUAUAUUAAUCUAAAGCAAGCCUUUAUAAAAUAAUUAUUAUUAUGUAUGUGUAGGUGUUAACGUUUUGAUUGCGGUAACAGUUCUAUUAAAUUUUACGUAUUCAUUUA